UAGGCUACUAGUCAGUGCUUCCCAAGAUGGAAAAUUAAUUAUUUGGGAUAGCUAUACAACAAAUAAGAUGCACGCGAUUCCUCUGCGGUCCUCCUGGGUCAUGACUUGUGCCUACGCCCCCUCUGGUAAUUAUGUUGCCUGUGGAGGCCUGGACAACAUCUGCUCCAUCUAUAACUUAAAGACCAGAGAGGGAAACGUGCGCGUGAGCCGGGAGCUGCCGGGGCACACAGGCUACUUGUCCUGCUGUCGUUUUUUAGAUGACAGCCAAAUUGUUACAAGUUCAGGAGAUACAACUUGUGCUUUAUGGGACAUCGAAACUGCCCAGCAGACCACCACGUUCAAUGGGCAUUCUGGAGAUGUGAUGAGUCUUUCUCUGAGUCCUGACAUGAGGACUUUUGUGUCUGGUGCUUGCGAUGCCUCUUCCAAAUUGUGGGAUAUUCGAGAUGGAAUGUGCAGACAGUCUUUCACAGGACACGUCUCAGACAUUAAUGCUGUCAGUUUUUUCCCAAAUGGAUAUGCCUUUGCCACUGGCUCUGAUGAUGCCACUUGCCGGCUCUUUGACCUGCGUGCAGACCAAGAGUUACUAUUGUAUUCUCAUGACAAUAUCAUCUGUGGAAUCACUUCUGUAGCCUUCUCCAAAAGUGGGCGCCUCCUGUUAGCUGGUUACGAUGACUUUAAUUGUAACGUCUGGGACACGCUAAAAGGAGAUCGUGCAGGUGUCCUUGCUGGUCAUGACAACCGUGUCAGCUGCUUAGGAGUGACUGAUGAUGGCAUGGCUGUGGCAACAGGUUCUUGGGACAGUUUUCUUAGAAUCUGGAAUUAACAGUGUCAUCUGUAUUUUCUGCUCUCCAUUGCCAUUCUGGAGAAAUCAAUGUUACAGCCUAUAGCUGUGAAAAAAAAUUCUACCUUAUAUUUGCAGGUGAAGAUUUUUCUAUUGAGAUUAUUAUAUACAAAAAGAAGCUUUCAGUAAACU